UUGAUCCGAAAGAAACAAAGAUGGCGGAGGAGGCCUGUGGCGAUGGUGCUGUAGCCGUUUCCAGUCUAUGCCGAGCUCCCGAGUAUGAACUGGCGGGCGUGAACUCAAAGGUUUUCCACGUCGGCUCUUUCGGCAGCCUGUGGCGGAAACAGCUGGAUAAAGCGUACCUGGGGUUGGAGGAGGAGAGCGAGGAGGAGGUGGUCGGGCAGCAACUGAUAACGCAGUUGGGUCUGCCCUCAGACAUGGUGGAGGAGCUGCAGCUGGUGUGCGGUGUUGAUACAUUGAAAUGCACUGAGCAGGACACCAGUACAGAUGUCAUCCCUGAAGAUACAGGCCUCGUCACGUUAGAAAUACGAAGAAAAGUUAUUAAAAAGAGAAAAGAGCGUUUGACACAUGAUCGAGCCUGUAGGCAAGAAAUUUAUGCACAUGAAUAUGAAAUGCAAACUGUAGGAAGAAAGCCUGGUAAUCCAGAAGAUUCCAUUGCAGCUGGAGAAGUGAUUCUAACUGUUAACGUCUACUCCCCGAUUAUAUUUGUUAAGCACAGGGAGAACAAACCACAUCACACCCUACUUGUAUUGGGUAGUCAGAGAUUAACUGAGCUAAGAGAUGCCAUCUCUUGUGUCAGUGACCUUCAGAUUGGUGGAGAAUUCAGCAAUACUCCAGACUUGGCUCCAGAACAUAUUAGCAAGGACUUGUACAAGUCAGCCUUUUUCUUCUUUGAAGGAACUUUCUAUAACGACGUGAGAUAUUCUGAGUGCAGAGAUUUGAGCAGGACCAUUAUUGAAUGGGCAGAGUCCCAUGACCGAGGCUGUGGGAAAUUUCAAACAGCUAAAAUGGAGGACUAUACAUUCAAUGAUAUGUGCAUUAAGGUUGGCUAUCCUUACUUGUAUUGUCACCAGGGCGACUGCGAACAUCUCGUUAUAAUCACAGAUGUCAGGAUUGUCCAUCAUGAUGAUUGCUUAGAUAAAACCCUGUACCCAUGUGUGAUCAAAAAACACUGGAUGUGGACCCGAAAAUGUUCUGUUUGCAAAUUGUACAUAGUUCGGUGGGUGACCAACAAUGAUAGCUUUGCCCCUGAGGACCCAGCCUUCUUCUGUGACACGUGUUUCAGGAUGCUUCACUAUGAUGCUGAUGGCAAUAAAUUGGGAGAAUUUCUUGCAUAUCCCUAUGUUGAUCCAGGAAUAUUUAAUUAAAUGCUAUGUCAAAGUAGCCUAGUUGACUGCUAAUUUUCUUGAGGUUUAACUUAAAUUGGUGGAAAACUUGAACUGGACUUGAACAAUUGUGUAUGGCACCAACAUUUUAACAAGGUUUACAUACUCAGAUAUUCUAAAGAAUAACUGUGUGCAAGCAUCCACUUCCAUACUGUUAAAGUUGCUUUAAAUUCUGUUGAAUUAAAUUUCAAGGUAUCUUGUUUUAAACAAUAAACUGAACAGAUUCAUGACGUUAACCAACAAAGAUGGUAGCUUAUGGAACAAUGCUGGAGUUAUACCCUUUUGGUGAUUUCGUAUGUUAGUUACAUACCAGUUCAUUGUCACUCAUUCUUCUAAAGGAUUUUGUUCUAUUCUCAAGGUUGUCUAUUGUGGAAAUUAAUGGGUUAGACACUGGUCUCUACUUCUAAAAUUUGUAUUCAAACCUAACACCGAAUUUAUAUGAAUGGAAGUCUCUGCUUGCUGGCUGUAAAGGGGCUUAUUUGAGAUGAGUUCUAUGUCUAACCUCAAUCACCAAAUUUUAAAAUGUUUUGAAACAUAUUAAUUCAAAUGUUUUUCUCUCUCUUGGAAUUGUGACCCUUUAUUAUUGACAAAGUAAUCCAAUAGAUUGUACAUAGCUAAGUCUUCCACUGUUUCCACACACCCCAAAGGGCAAGUUGCAUAAUUCUGUGAAAUAACAUUUAUUGAUGAAUGAUUUGCCUGUCAUGGUUAUUGUAUUUGCAGUGUGUUUUCUUCUUCACGUUAAUGGUGAAGGUAGAUACUCUGUCAUUGGCCUUUUGGGGCCAGAAUAUUUAGAUUACUUAGAUAUGUUUUCCUCUUUUCAUGAAGGAAUUUUUUUGGGUAGCAGGGUGGUGGUUGGAGUCAGGCUUUUACCAAAUUGUAUUUGAAGAAAGCCCUAGACCCGAUCUUCCCACCAUGUUUCCAGUUUAAGCUUGAAAAAUUCUCAACCCCUGUUUGAGAACUAACAGUUGUGGUGGAGCAAAGAGGAGACCUGAGAACAAGAGGGGUGGGGAUCCUUUGUAAAUGGGGACUUCUCUGUAAGAACUGUAUCUGUCACUAACUCAAACCAGACCUCCGUGAUGGUAAUACCUGUGUUAGAGCUUGCGACCGAACUUAGGUGUCCCCCCUUCCACCUUAGGAAGCCCUGUUAUAGGGGCUAGAUAUCGAGGUGCCUGGAGCGAUAUUGUAUUGCACGACUGGACUGAUCAGUCCUAAUGAUAUGUUUACAACUUGUUUUUCUGUCAUUGCUUUGCCUUUUUAUUUCAUUUAUGUAAACCUGAACUCUGACGUGUAUAAAUUGUGAAUCUAGUGACGUUACUUCCAAUUUUUAUCUCUACAAAUAAAGUGGAUUUUGAAGUUGUUUA